AUGGAAUAUAUUUUGGAUCACUAGAUAUGUUUGUUUUUCCGAUAUAGCUUUAGUUUAUUUCAACAUCUUAAAAUAAAACACUUAAUUAAUUCUUUGUUGAUGCUACUUUGUUUUAAAAUAUUAUCUAAAUAAGUUAAGAUUUUACUUGCUACACAGAUUCACAAGGGUGGGUGUGGUUUUAUUCUUUCUCAUCAUAAACAUUAGUUCAUUCAAAGAGAUUUCAUGUUAGCGUCACAACUAUGUUAAUUUACUUGGAGUUAUCUUCUGAAAUAUUUGCAAUAAGUUAAAAUAAAAUAUAUUAUGGAAUUCUUAAUUUUUAUACUGGUGACGACAUAUAGAAUUAUAUUAUAAAUUCUUAGUCUAGUAGUGUAUCAGAUAUUUAAUUAAUAGAUAAUUUAGACUUAUUAAUUGUCAAUAGUGGUGAUUCUUAAUAUGAGUUUUAUUAAAAAUCUACAGGAUCUUUGCUAUAAACUAUCAAAUAGCCUUUAAUUUUCUAUGUCUAAUCAUUUUAGUAAUUGA